AUGACUCAAGUCCGGACCUUCACUCCUCCUCAGUCUCUUGGGGAGAGACUCUCUGACCCAUCUUCUGCGCCAACAUCUGCUGGUAUCGCCGUUCCUCGGACUCUUCCUGACAUCCCUGAGCUGGCUCAACCCCGACGAGCUUCUCCGCCAAGACUCAGCGGCGACUACAAACGCUAUCCAAUGGCCGAUGAAUCAAAGAAAGACGGUGGUAUCACCUUUGCUGGCCAGGACAAGCUGCCGAAGUUGCCUAUUCCGGAGCUAGAAUCCAGCUGCAAGAAAUAUCUAGAGGCUCUGAAGCCACUUCAAACGGUUCGCGAACAUGCACAAACACAGUAUGCGGUGAACGAGUUUCUCAAGGGCGACGGCCCUGAGCUGCAUGAGAAAUUGAAGGCAUAUGCCGAGGGGAAAACGAGUUACAUCGAGCAGUUUUGGUACGACUCGUAUCUAAACUUUGACAAUCCCGUUGUGCUCAACCUGAACCCUUUCUUUCUUUUGGAAGACGACCCGACUCCUGCUCGCAAUGACCAGGUCACCCGCGCCGCUUCUUUGGUCGUUUCCUCGCUUGAAUUUGUCCGUGCUGUGCGCAAAGAAGAACUUGCCCCAGACAAGGUUAAGGGAACUCCCCUUUGCAUGUACCAAUUUUCGAGACUAUUUGGUACUGCCCGUGUGCCCACUGAGGAAGGUUGUCAAAUCGAGCAAGACCCCGAAUCCAAGCACAUUGUUGUUAUGUGCCACGGCCAAUUCUACUGGUUCGACGUACUGGACGACAACUCAGAUGUCAUCAUGAGCGAAAAAGACAUCACAAUCAACCUACAGACCAUUGUCGACGAUGCGACCCAAGUUCCUAUUCAGGAUGCUGCAAAGGGAGCCCUGGGAGUACUGAGUACUGAGAACCGUAAGGUCUGGUCCGGCCUUCGAGAUGUUUUGACCAGUGAGCCAGGCUCCAACAACGCAGACUCUCUCGGUAUUGUAGACACUGCUCUUUUUGUUCUUUGCCUGGACUAUGCGGAACCGACAGAUGCCGCAGCCCUCUGCCAAAAUAUGCUUUGUGGUACCAGUGAGAUUGAGAAGGGUGUUCAAAUCGGCACUUGCACCAAUCGAUGGUACGACAAGCUUCAGAUCAUUGUAUGUAAGAACGGAAGUGCUGGCAUCAACUUCGAGCACACUGGUGUGGAUGGUCACACAGUUCUGCGCUUCGCUAGCGACGUCUAUACCGAUACUAUUCUUCGGUUCGCUCGCACCAUCAACGGCAUGGCGCCUUCGCUCUGGGCUUCUUCUAGUCCAGAUCCCUCAAAGCGCGACCCCGAGAGCUUUGGCGAUGUCAGUGUUACCCCGCGGAAGUUGGAGUGGGAUAUGAUUCCUGAGCUCAGUGUUGCUGUCCGCUUCGCCGAGACUCGUCUAGCCGAUUUGAUUGAGCAGAACGAGUUUCAGACACUGGACUUCAGCCACUAUGGCAAGAAUUUCAUUACCUCUAUGGGGUUCUCUCCUGAUGCAUUUGUUCAGAUGGCUUUCCAGGCCGCCUACUACGGUCUAUACGGUCGUGUUGAGUGCACCUAUGAACCCGCCAUGACCAAGAUGUUCCUGCAUGGCCGAACCGAGGCAAUCAGGACAGUCUCGGAAGAGGUGGUUGAUUUCGUCCAAACUUUCUGGGCCGAGAACCCUGCUGAGGCCAAAAUUGAAGCGCUCAGGAAAGCUUGUCAGAAGCAUACCGCAAAUACACGACAAUGCGCCAAGGCCGAGGGCUGCGAUCGACAUUUAUACGCUUUGUUCUCAGUUUGGCAACGGAGUUUAGAUGAGGACCUCGAUUACAGCAAUGGUUACUCCAGUCCCGGCGACGAAUACUCAGACCAGACCGGAUCACCCGUUGGCAGCCCCGUCCAAGGUUCACAUCCUUCCAUCGAUGGUGUCGAGGUGAGGCCCACGCGAGAUCGUGGCUAUAGCGUCAACUCUCGAUCUCGAGACCAAGCCCCUCUUCCCGCUCUAUUCGCCGAUGCUGGAUGGGAUAAACUCAACAACACCAUCCUUUCAACAUCCAACUGUGGCAACCCUGCCCUUCGCCAAUUCGGGUUUGGCCCUACUUCGGGAGACGGAUUCGGUAUCGGGUACAUCAUCAAGGAUGAAGGACUUGCCAUUUGUGUCGCUAGCAAGCACCGCCAGACAAAGCGAUUCGUCGACACUUUCGAGAGCUACCUCCUAGAGAUCCGUCGUAUCUUACGAAUCGGUAACCGCAAGAUGUCUACUGGCAAAGCAAGCCGUGCCCGUGAGGUAGAGAUAGAAAGACCUAAGCUUCUCAGUCGCAUCAAGUCUCGAGGGCGUCCCAUUACCGCAGUCGAAAGCCUGCGCUCAGCCACAGGCACCACAUCACCUACGAAUGAGAGCAGUACAUUUAGUGAAGAUGAUGAAAUGGGCGGAUAUGGCUUUUUCGAUGCUGGUAUGCUUUUGCAAGCUCUCAAGGCUCGCAGCGAGAAUUUCGAAUCAUCUGACAGUCGUGCCUCGGAGAGAGCUGCCGCUGCACAGGCCCGCCGCCGCGAUAUUGGAAAGAAAUUGAGACUGAGUGAUUAUUGA